GACAGGUCCGUGAUACUCGACGAUAUUCAACAGCAAUAGAGCCUCAUGGCAAAAGACGAAACGAUCACAACAAGAGCUCGGAUGGAUCCACGCAAGAUAUCAACGAAGUCUCAAAAGUAGUGUUUGCAGAGCUCUUCGAAGAGUUGCAGCGCUAUGGUACAGCCUCGAGAACAACGAGCGAGAUGAAAUUUGUUGUCACAAUAUCUGCUCAAGCAGAAUUUUCGUCUGAAACACGGACCCUGUCUUUUAUUCCCAAGUUGGAUGCACGAAACAGCAAGAAGAGAAAGUAUCUUGGAGAACAUGACGAUGAUGAUGCAGAUGAUGAAAGUGGGGAUGAAAGCGAAGAUGAUACCAUGCCAUCAUUCGAGCGCACAUGCUUGAUGGAUGAUUUGAAGGAAAAUCAAGUCUAUGGCCAUCUGUCUGCUGACAGAAAAUUCUGCAAAGAGGAGGAAAAAUUCGUUCCCGGAAUCUGGGCUGUCGCUUGUCCUUGGUGCGAAAAACUCCCUGGCUACCUUCAAUGGACUGAUGACCCUCUUCAGUCGAUCUUAGGCCACAUUGUUCAUGCACAUAAGAAAAUCCUCAAAGCUAAAGGCUUGGCGCCACUCAAAGCGCCUCGAAUGAUUGCUUUAUGGGGUACACGUGUGCUAGAUGGUGUUGCUCCCGAGUCAAAGAAAGAACGUUCUAAUGCAGCCAAACGUUCCAAGACUGAGUCCGGCUUUCAAAGAACUACCUUCAACAAUCCCGUUCAAUCCAGGGCUCUAGUUAAGACUCAACUCAGAAAGCAACCUGAGCAGCCCGUCAAAGCGCCUCGGAAAGAAAAUUUUAUCGUAGCUCGGUAUGGUCCUGGUUAUUCCCUCUCAAACGAGGAGCUUACGAAACCCACCCCUUCUACCUCAAUGAGCCUGCUCGAUGACUCCGACUAUCUGUACUCUGACAUCGACGGAGAUGGAAACGAAAUAAACAAGGAUAAGCAAAGAUCUUCGCCUUCCCAUACAGCCACUCUCCCUCCAUCAUCCAACCAGUCUGGACGACUCGAAUUUGCUCAACCAUCGACGAUCUCUUUCGCUCAAGAAGAUCAAUCACUAGAUAGGCCCAUGCUUGACAAGCCAACAACUCCAGCAGAGAGAGACUCACAAAUCGAGAGCAUCCGAUUCGGGGCGGUUCUAGAUCUUCCCAACAGUCCAGAAAGUGAUAAUGCCUCUUCCGAGACACCUGCUUCGGUAUCCACUUCACUAGAUGUCCUCAAAGAACCCCUCGACCUGACCAUGAAUGACGCACCUGCCCAAGAGGCUGAGUCUCAGAGUCAAUCGUCGCCCAAACCAGAUGUUUCGAGGCCUUCCACUUCUGUAGUGUCUUCACUCCAGAGCCCGGAGCAAUCCCAGUCUAGUAGUCUUCCUAAGUCUGCUUCGAAGGCUCCUGCACCGAUUUUCAGAGAAAGCUUCGAUGAUCCGCAGUACUAUCGUUGA